GUGUUGAUUGUAUGACUUAAUUUGCCUUUUUAUUGAUGUUUUAUUUGGAUUGUAUGACAAAAACAUUUUAGAAAAAAGGGCAUUUUACGUUAUACAAUCCAAAUGUAACUAUGAGAUCAUAAACAGUCCCCAGCUCAGGCCUUUACCUUAGGACCCCGCCACUCCAGUCAAGCCCCAUGGGGGAAAAGAUGGAGAGGCCAAGAGGGUAUGUCCCUUCUUGAGAUGCAAAACAAUAUUUUAGGUGUUUUGGACAGCAAAGAUAGAUGAAAGGGCAAAUGGCUUGGAGGUCAUGGUUAGGGAGAAUACGAUGAAAAUUGAGGCCAUUAAAACAUCUGUUGACUAUCUUCGGAGAAGUGAAAACCCUCAAAAGUGACAUGGAGAAAGUGGUUAUCUGCCAGGAAGUUAUCUGAAGUUAUCUGCCAGGAAAAUGAAAAGAAGGUGGCUGAACUCGAGCAAAAGGUGAAUGAGGCAGAGAGAUACCAGCGCAGGUGGAACCUGAAGCUCCAUGGAAUUCCAGAGCAGGUGGGUGAGGACAUCAAAUGCAGAGUUGUUGACAUCUGUGGAGCUGUCGUUCCCAAAUCAAAAGCCAAACUUCAGGAAAAUGUAGACAGCGUCCAUCGUUUGGGAAGACUUAAGGAUCAAGACAAGAGACCGAGGACAACCGUCAUCCGGUUCACCAACAGAUCUACACGGAAUCUUCUUUGGAGGCGAGCAAAGAAUUGUGAAUUCCUCAUCAAGCAAAAAAAAUUGAGGUUCACGGAGGAUUUUACCUCAGCAGACAAAGUGACAAGAGAGAAACUGGCCGAUUGUGGCUGCAGCUCGAAAGGCAGGGAAAACUGCAUUUAAAAAAAAAAAUCAGUGCAAGAGUGAUCAUCGAUGGGAAAGAAAUGCGGCCAAAUCAGAACAUUUGAGUGAGAGCCAGAGUCUAACUCGGACAGAACUGUCAGGCCAAAAAACUGAUUACCAGGUGAAAAGCAGCCUUUUAUUAUAAAAAUGUACACAAGCACUUGAAUGAGAAAAGGCUGACCUGAGAACUGGUAAGCUAAACACUAACUAUAGGUGAAUAACUGCUUAUUGUAAAGUCUACGCAAUGUCUCCCCCUUGUGGGAGUAAGAAUACUUUGGUAACUUUAUGACCAUUUUUGUUGUUGGAGAGGUUAAUAAUGGGAUGGAAAUCCUUUUGAGUUACAUAUCCAUAGGAAAAGCUUAUAUUAGCAUAACAAGGUUGUUGGUUGAAGUUUGUCUUUAUCUUUUUGUUCAAUUAAUGUCAGGGUAUUAGUAAUUUACUCAAGCGUACGGCUAUUUUCCUGUAUUGAAAACGGUUUAAUGCAGACUUUUACUUUUUACAAGAGACUCAUGCUUGUUCUUCCGAUCUAUCUUUUUGGAGAAAAAAAAUCAAUGGGGUAAUGAUAUCUGGUUAUCAUAUGGCAAUAACCACUCUGCAGGUGUAACAGGUUUAAGAGGUGCAUUUAAAGGGAAGGUCGUCAGUAGUAAGACUCACCACUCUGGACGUUGGUUAAUUUUAACAGUACAUUUCAACAUUUCCCUUUUUAUUAGGGAAUAGUUAUGCAUCCAACAACAGGAUAUUAUUUCGAGAAUUUGAAGAAAUUAAUAGAGUUAUAGGUGUAUUUCAGGAUAUCAAAAUGAUCUUAUCUUAGGUGGAGAUUUUAAUUCUGUAUCUAAUGUGAUGAUUGACAGAUAUCCCCCUCCUAACGGAUCCAGCAUAGUUAAUCCUGAGUUUAAUAACCUAUGUCUUGGUCUUGGAUUAGUAGAUAUUUGGACAUCUAAAUAUCCUGAUUAAAAGGAAUUCACUUGGAGUAACAAGGACAUGUCCAGACAGUCAAGAAUUGACUUUUGGUUGAUUUCUAAUUCAUUAGAUAAUUCUGUAGUCAAGGUAUCAAUUGAACCAUCAAUUCUUACUGAUCAUAAAGUUAUAUUCUUAUCUUUAAAUAUGAAUGGAUCUGAAGUUAAACCGAAUCGCAGUUAUUGGAAACUCAAUAGUAGACUGUUGGAAGAUGAUCAUUUCAAGAUGGAUGCCAAAGAUAUUAAACAAGACAAUUGGAGGGAAGCCCAACUAUUUAUGUCUUAUUGGGAAUGAAUGAAGUAUGAAAUAAGACAAACAGCCAUGAAGAGAGGUAAAGAAAUUGUUGAACUUAAAAGAAUGAGGGAAGAUAAACUUGUUUCGGAAAUACUUUCUCUAAUCUCUAUGGAGGACCUUGAUGAAGAGGGAAAGGGUCUGUUAUUCUCUUUACAACUAGAAAUGGGCAGAAUGUAUGAAGAGAAAGCAAACGGGGCAUUUGUAAGAUCAAGAAGGAGAUGGUUGGAGGAAGGUGAAAAAAAUACAAAAUACUUUUACAAUUUAGAAAGAAAGAAUUCUGAAUCUAUUCAUAAGCUCAAUAUAGAUGGCAAAGAAAAUGAAAACCCCAAAGAUAUUUCAAAAUAUGUUUCAGAAUUCUAUGGUAACCUUUAUACCAGUAAUGCCUGUCCUACUAGUAAUGUAUCUGACUUUCUAGACUCUGUCAAAGACUGCAAAAUUCAUAGAUGAAGACUUCCAAAAGUCUUGUGAUGAAAUUAUUUCUAUUAAUGAAAUAAAAAAAAUGUAUCAGCAAUUUAAAAGAGAACAAAUCUCCAGGGAAUGAUGGCAUUAUCAGUGAAUUCUAUAAAUAUUUUCAGGAGGAUAUUAUUGAAUUUAUAUUGAAUGUUUUUAAGGAGGCAAUUGAUUUAGGGGCCCUGCCUGUUUCUAUGACACAAGGCCUAAUUUCUGUAAUACCCAAACCAAACAAAGAUUCUAUGAUGUUAGAAAAUUGGAGACCAAUCACAUUAAUGAACAAUGAUGGAAAGCUACUUGCAUCCAUCUUUGCAGAAAGACUUUUAAAAAAGGUAUUGACCAAAUCAUUGACGAUACCCAGUCUGGUUUUAUGAAGGGCAGACAUAUAUGUAAUAAUAUUCGACUAGUAUUGGACUUGAUAGACUACAAUGAGCACAUUAUGGAAGAUAGCUUUAUUUUAUUUGUAGACUUUUACAAGGCAUUUGAUACAGAACAUUAUUUUCUUUUUGAGACUUCGAUUUUUUGGUUUUGGUCAAUAUUUUCAAAGUGUAAUUAAGACACUUUACAACAAUUUGUAAGUCGCUCUGGAUAAGAGCGUCUGCUAAAUGACUUAAAUGUAAAUGUAAUAGCUCUGUCAAAUAACCCAUGGAACUUCACAAAGAUUCGACAUUAGACGUGGAAUUAAACAAGGAUGCCCAAUUUCUCCUUUCUUAUUUUUAUUGGUCACACAAGUUAUGGCACUUCAUAUAAAUAAGGAUAGUUUUAGGGGUAUUCAGAUACAAUAUCGCUCUGGAUAAGAGCGUCUGCUAAAUGACUUAAAUGUAAAUGUAAAAUACAAGACAAAGAGAUAAAAUGUUAACAAUUGGCUGACGACACCACCAUUUUUUUUGAAAGAUCAUAAUGAAGUCAAGAAAGCUAUUGUGUGUAUUAAUGCCUUCACACAUGUAUCAGGUUUAUCUCUAAAUAUUAGGAAAUGUGAAUUAUUUCCGUUGAAAAGAUGUGACUUAAACUCAGGAUGUAAUAUCCCUGUAAAAGAUGUGGUCACAUAUCUUGGUAUUACAGUUAGCAAAGAUCAGAAAGAAAGGGCCAACUUAAAUGUCUCUCCUUUUGUAGAGAACAUUGCAAAGAUAUUUAUCUCCUGUUUAUUAAGAGAUCUUUAUCUGGACGUGUACUUUUAUCACAAUCUGAAGGUCCAGAUGAGUUUAUACCUCCCUUGCCUUGGAUGUUCCUCUGUCAGUAACUAAAAUGGUUGAUACUAAAUGAUUUAACUUCAUAAGGAGGAAUAAUCCUCAUUAUUUUAGAAAAGCGGUAAUAUGUAGCACCCAAGGUGAGGGAGGGUUGAACCCUCUGGAUUUUAAAACCUCUAAUAUAAUAUUUAAGAUUAAAUGGAUACAAAACUAUUUAAGAAAUAAGGAUUGCAUCUGGAAUAUCCUCCCUAAUUUAAUAUUCCAACAAAUUGGUGGUCUAGAAUUCUUACUCAUAUGCAACUUUGAUAUGGGUAAAAUACCUAUUAAGCUUACAAACUUUCAUAAACAAGUACUUUAACUUGGAACCUCAUGUACAAACACAAUUUUCCCCCUCAUAGGUGUACAAUCUGGAAUAAUAAAGACAUAAAAUACAAAAACAAGUCUUUGUUUUUCCAGAACUGGUUUGACAACAUUAUUUGGGUUAAACAAUUAUUGAAUAAUGGACAACUAUAUGAUUAUCCAGAAUUUAUUAGAACACACAAUGUUACAUUCACUCCUGAGGAGUAUCAAAUUGUUGUUAGAGCGGUCCCUAAAGGUGCUAUUCUUCUUUUAGGAGAAUAUAACAGUACUCCAAGUGCAACUGUUGAGGAUUCUGUAGCCUCAAUACAACUAGAAGGAAUUGACAUUUUAAACUAUAACAUGUAUAUAAAGGAAACUAUGUCAAUGUGUUACUAUUCCCUCUGCUAAAAUGUACUGGAAUGCAGCCCUCGGACAAGUGAACUGGAACACAGUUUCAUUGUUGUCUGGUAAAUAUUGUAUAUCUAAUAAGGUGAAAGUAGUAUCAUACAAACUCAUUCAUAGAAUCUACCCUGUAAAGACCUUUAUUAUACACAGAUUUAAAAUAGCUAUUGUAUUUUGUGAUUGUGACCCAGAGACUCUUGACCAUUUAUUUUGGGACUGCUCUUAUGUUAGAAGAUUUUGGUGUGAGUUAGAUUUUAUUUUAAAAUAACUGUUAAGGUUAAUUUGAAAGACUCUGAUAUUAUGUUUUAUUUUGAACCAAAUGAUAUGGACCCUGAUUUAACUUUCAUUGUUAAUUUGUUUAUCUUUUCAUGGAAGAUUCUUUGUCCAUAAAAUUGUGCACCAUAAAAGUAUCUAACAAAUUGAAAAUUAAUCUUGAUAUGUAAAACCCCCGUCUGUUAGGUUUAUGUGCUCUUGUUUGUAUAUUUCAAUUUUUUUUUUGUAUUUGUUGUGUUCAUAAUAAAAAUUUUAACAUAUAAAGAGUUCAUAAACAACGCCAUAAAUCGUUGUACACGUCGCAAAGCAAAAUAUUGACCUACUGUGCGUGCGUUUCCGUUUCCAUGGUAACUUGGACGCGAAAAGAGUUGAAAGCUGACAGAUAUCGCACCAAGAGAAAAUGCCACCCAAGGAUGCAAAGUCUGCCCAAAAGAAAGGAGGCAAGCUCAGUAAGGCUGAAAAGGAGCAACUUCAGAAAGAGGAGGAUGAGAGAAGACAGAAGGAAGAUGAGGAGGCUCGACUCCUGGCUGAGAAAGAGGAGCAAGAGAGGCUGGAGAGAGAGAGAAAGGAGCAGGAGGAGCAUCAGAAACUGGAACUAAAGGACAAAGAUCGCAGAGAGGAUGAGCUGAACGAACUGCGUCAUCUAGUGGAAGAGAACCAGACUGCAGUCACCAAGUGGGAGACUGACUCCAGAGCGAAAGCCAAGUGGGACAGGUACAUGCGUUGUGACGGGAGUCCAGACCCGUCAGUCCAGCAGGAGAUCAACACCUUCAUCAACCUGUGGUGCGAGGACCCAGAGGUCCAGAUCAAACCGAUUCUAAAGGAGUGUGCCCUGGCGCUACGGCUGCUAGAGGAGCUGGAGGGUAUGCUGAGGGACGAGCCUGAACCAGCUGAUGCCCUGAGGUACCAGGAGACCCUGCUCUCCAUCCAGACUCUCAUCCAAUCCAAACUUGACCACAGCACUGAGGAGAUACUCAAGGUCUGUGUGUUUCUCCCUGGCCACAGUGGGCCAAUGCUCACUCAGACAUUGAGACGGGGAACAUGCAGACAGUGGUCCAGGAUGACAUCAUCACACUGUGUCUGUGGGCCAACCUUAACAAGAACCCAAGGCACGUCACAGACGUUUAAAGGGUUCCAGUUCGAGGAGGUGGGACUGGGCUUUGAGCUGCCCAAACAGCUGGCAGUCAGUGACGUCGCUGUGAGAAUCCUCCACACCCACUACGACCACUUGUCUCACCUGGCUAACCUGAAAAGCCAGAACCCCAGCAGGAUGUCCCUGGGCCUGGGGACCAGGGAGGAACCCCUUCUGGAGGGAGCGACCCCCGUGGGGGAGUGUGGGGAGACGGAGGGAGAUGGUGACAGGAGAGGGAGCACACAGCAGGGAGGUGCAGAAGAAGAGGUGCAGUCUGUCAGAGGGUCUGAAGGCAGGAAGAGUGCGGUGAGUGUGAUAUCUAUGAAGGAGGACGGGAGGAGUGGUCAGAAGCAGCUGGAGGAUGCACAACAGAAGCUGGAGGAGAAUGGGAGUCAGAUAGAUACAAUGUUAGAGGGAGAUGACUCAGGUGAGGGAGACUCCACCCCUACCCCGAUGGACCCAGUGAUUGACAGCUAUGAGGGUCAGGUGGUUGACCUUCAACAGUACACACCCCUGGGAGGAGUCUUCUACUGCGAUGUCUUCCGUCUGCCGCCACAGUCCCAACAACUCAAUGGAUGGGAGAUGAGAGAGCUGUUGGACACAGGGCUGCAGCCGUUCCCCUACCCCACAGAGCAGACUCAGAUCCAGGGCUCUGCCUCCAUGAAGCUGGAGGACAGUGGGGUCUUGACCAGUCCCCCUGUAGGGGUCACAGUCACCCUGCCUGACUCUGUCCUAUUCCUGGAGGACCCCCAGGUGGCCCGCUGGGACCCUGAAGGUCAGCACUGGAAGACCGACUGCAUCAGUGAGACGUCGUACGACCAGGCAGAGCGGAAGAUCUCGUUCAAGAUGGACUCAUUCUACGCCUUCACGCUUCUACAGGACUCGUAUGCCAACAUGCCGUUCCAAAGCUGGGAGCUCAGACCACUGGGCCAGGACUCUGCACUGCUCACCAUCACCGCAGCCCUCACUGAAGUUAGCAUCACCAUCAAGGGCAGCAAGUGUAUGCUCCAGUCAGACCAGGAGAGAGGACUGAACCACAUCCUGGGCCAGUGGAUGAGUCCCUCUGAACUGCAGAAAGCCAUGGUCAGCGCCGGGGUCAACAUCUUCGUCAACCAAUACUCCGACAAAUAUGUCAGCGUAAACGCAAAGGACCCUCUGAUAGAACAUGCUGUGUAUGAACAGAUGGCCCUGCUCUCCUCUGCCUUCGCCUUCUCCUGGAGCCAGUGGAACACACAGUGUGGCCAUGAGCGUCUGGUGCUGCAGGUGUGUGAGCACCUAGACCCGGUCCCGGUCCGAGAUGACUCGUGGUGUGUGUACCUGCUGGGGGCCCGGAGGAGCCAAAGGCUGAGGAUCAAGGAACACAGUGAGGCGUUCUCUCCAGAGCUGGACCCCGGCAGCGAGUUCCACUCCACCUUCCUGCAUAUGCUCCGAGACGGCAUGUCCCCCGCCGGACAGGACCGACGCUCUCACCACCUGUUCGUCGACGCCGUGCACAGACUGCUGCGUGCCACACGGCCUCUCACAUACUCCUGACUACAGUAGAUACUAGACCCCCAAGCUCUGUCAGAGUAGCCAAAAACCACAGAUCUAGGAUCAGAUUGAACUAUUCCCGAUCAUAACUUUAACCAUUAGGGGGAAUAUGUAUAUCUGAUCUUGUAUCAGGUAGGUUAGCGGCAACUUCAACCUACUGUGCGGAACACCGUGGGUAUGACAGACUGCUGUCAACUUUAACCCUUACAACAGAUGGACCCUCAUGUAAAACCACAAAGCUUAUUUCUGUAGAAUAAAGUUCCUUUAUUGUGUAAA